AUUAUUAUACUGGCGCUCAUUGUAACUUUAAGUGCUUGUGCUUUUGUUUCGAACUACAGCCAUUUGUUAAAUAGCUUAUUAACGCUAGAGCUACUUUCUGUUACGCUGUAUUUAUCUAUUGCAGCAAUUUUUAGGUCUGUAGGAAGGGAGCUUUUUUAUCUUCUAUUUUUUCUAGUGCUAGUAGUGUGCGAGGGGGUACUAGGCAUCUCUCUUCUAAUUUCCCUCGCACAUAGCCAUGGAGAAGACUACUUUAAGUCGAUAAACGCCAUACAAUGUUAA